CAUUCUUUAAUCUUAAAUACUCAUUUUCUCCCUGCAAACCACUCAUCUUUUAUAUCACGAUUAUUCUGGAAGCAUACUCAGAAGUAUUUAUUCUAUGAAUGUGUCUGUCACCCAUGUGCAUUAAAGUAAAAUGUUAUACUUUUCCUGAGAAAUGCAAUAAUUUCCACAUGACAAAUUAUCAUGUCGUAUUCAGUAAUAUGUAUUGACACCAUAUAUUGUAAAUAAAACUAGAUUGACACUUGGGAGUCAGUUGACCGUUUUUCCUUACAGACCGCUUAAACGAUGACUGCAAUGCAUCAUUCAUUCUGAGCCUUUUUCACCGUGUAUCCUCUGUUUGCACUUUUCCAGUCCCAUAAUAAUUCCUAGAAAUCUUCCUCAUCCGAAGAAAAAGUUGUAGCAUUUUAGUAAUAACGCUGCUAAAUUGCUGAGCCUAAUCAAGCGAGAUCAAAGCAUUUUAAUUGACGUGGCAGAGCAUCACAGUGUGGGCGUGGUUUAGUAAUGUCAACAUCCUGGUGACAUAACCACUCUCUCCAAAAUGGCGACGGUGGAUCAUAGAGAAGGUCAGGACGACCCAGAGAGUGAAGAGGAGGUUUAUGAGGUUGUGGACCUGACAGAAUAUGCCCGGAGGCACCAGUGGUGGAGUAGGGUGUUUGGGAGCAACUCCGGCCCGAUUGCAGAGAAGUAUUCUGUGGCCACCCAGAUCGCGAUGGGAGGGGUGACUGGAUGGUGUGCUGGUUACCUCUUCCAGCGGGUUGGGAAGAUAGCUGCUACUGCUGUUGGAGGAGGGUUUCUUCUUUUACAGAUUGCCAAUCAUAGUGGCUACGUGCAGGUGGAUUGGAAGAAGGUGGAGAAGGAUGUGAACAAAGCAAAGAAGCACCUGAAGAAGAAAGCAAACAAAGCAGCCCCUGAAAUAAACACAUUCAUUGAGGAGGUAAAGGCCACAGACUUUAUAAAAAGGAACAUCGUCUUGUCCAGCGGGUUCGUCGGUGGCUUCUUUCUGGGUUUGGCCUCCUAAAGCUGCUGCUGCCUCAACUCACUGUGAAUCGCAUCACUACAUAGGUCACCUUCCUCUCAGCCUCAUAUAUGCAUUGAUUUACUUUUUUAAUGAACUGAACGUUGGGGGGGAGCUAUGUUGAACCUUAAAGCAUGAUCUGUUGUGACAGUGGUAUUAACUGUGUUCUACUCCCCCCUGUUUUACACAAUCCCAUCUAAUUAUUUCCUUUUUGGAGGAUUUUGUGCACAUUUGUGUGUGUGUUGGUUGAGUAGGGAAUUGGAGUGGGUUAUACUGUGAAGACUUUGUUCUGUGGGACCCAUACUGGAUCUUUGCCAGAGUGCUGAACAUGUCAAGCUGCCACAAACUAGCACAGCUUCCUCGUUGCUUUUUAAACUCUGAUUUAGAUUGCCCAUCCCCUCGUGAAUUCGCCUGGUGGACACUGAUCUCAGAUUGUUAUAAAUGUGUGUGUGUGUGUGUGUGUGUGUGUGUGUGUGUGUGAGAGAGAGAGUGUGUGAAGGUACAUAUACCCACACAAGGGUAAAUGUUAUAUAAACAUGGAAGGCAGCAGAGUGGGAAGUUAACACCAUCCCCCAGUCUAGUACAGUUUUAAAGUAGCUGUGACGUUUAUGUGCAAUUUAAGCAUGUAAGCAAACACAAUUUAGUUUUUAAAGUUUGUCACAUUGGCUCGGGGUUUAAAACAAAGUUAUUUUCCCACUCUGAAUUUAUAUACAACACAUAUCAUGAGCAGAAAUCACAACUAAAUGUGAAUCUGCGAAUGUUCUGACUUAACAUCUCCUACAAAAAAAAGAUUAAAUAGAGAUCUUUUAUUUCCAUAAUCCUCAACCCAACAAUGCCCUUUAAUGACGGGAUGAGCAUCUUCUGUACCCUAAUUACCACCGUCAGGAGCUAGACAGCGAAAGUAAAAUCAGUCCCGUCAUUACAGAGCAUAAUGGAGCAGCUUAUUGUGACUCCUACGCUCUCGCUAUUGUCAUUGUGCAUUUAGUAGUGUCAGUGUAGCAAUAACGCAACAGAGAUGCUGCCGAGUCGUGCACAUUCACGUUAUCUAGAUAGGACAUCCACACAUAGGAGUCCACUUAAGUUGAUCACAAGUUGCUUAUUUUGUUUUUUUGCCUUUUUCUACCAGUGCAAUAUACAGUUACAAUGUUUGUUUUUUUGGGAGGGAGCUUGUUAUGUCUCCAACUGGCAUUUAUUUUCUAUGCUUAUUAUCCUACAUUGUAUCUAUUUAAUGUCAUUUUGUUAUCUGAGCUGUAUAUGAAUUUGGUUGGGUGUCUUUUAAAAUAAAGUUGCCUGAUUUUGUUUUG